GACCUGGAGCGCGCCAGCCGCCGCGAUCGCCACUCGCGGUGUCGGUCAGUUGCGGUCCAGACGUUGUCAGCGGACGAACGGGAAUCAACUGUCAACACUAGUUAUCGGAAAGCCGGGCGAUUUUUCUCAUAGCAAUUUCCGAUAUCUCGAAAGAAUUGUUUACGGGGACAAUUUGAGAAAAAAAUAGUGUUUUUUAAUAAAAAGUGAUUUUUUAAUGUGACUUUUUAGUGUUGCUUUUUUGUGUUUGGAUUUUUUCGAGAUUAUCACACCAAGAAUAAAAGAAAGAACUAAAGAUGGCUAAGAAGAUGUAUUUUCUGUCAGUAUUUUACUCUGCUUUGCUCGGUGUUUCAUUGGCGUUUCAGUGUCCGAUAUGGAGGGACAUCUUACCUUGUACGUGCACACAUUCCAUUCCAUUAUCAAAGUCCGUCAUUAUAGAAUGCGAGAAAAUGACAACAUACAGCCAGGUUCUGGAUAUAUUCAGGGGUUUCUUCUCACCAUCAGACCGGAUUCACCUGAAAUUAAAUAAAUCCAGCAUGCAAGAUCUGCAGUAUCGCGCAUUUGCUGAACUCAAUGCAACCAUAGAGGAACUAUCCUUAAAUCAUAAUCAUUUUGAUAUACUAAAUGAAGAUUCAUUCGAUGGCAUGGCGAAAGUAAAGUAUCUAAGUUUGGCAGAUACUCCUUUGGGAAAGCUACCAUUUUGGCAUUUAUGGAAAAAGAUGCCUUACAUCCAAACACUGGAUCUGGGAAGGACAAAAAUAAAAGAAAUAACAACAGAUACCUUUCGGGAUCUAUUAGAUGUGAAAUGCGUCGCGCUUGCCGAUAACCAAAUCUCCAGAAUAGAUCGAAAUUCGUUCCCGCCGCAGAUUGACAAGUUACACCUAGCUAGGAAUCGAAUAUACCAUUUGAACGAUUCGUUAUUAGAACUAAGAAAUCUACGGUGGUUAUUCCUAAAUGAAAAUGAACUGGAGGACCUAGAAGGACAGUUGCCUUUUGAAGCGCCUGUCAUACAAGUGAUAUAUGCCUCUGGAAAUGGGCUAACGAAAAUUCCUAGUCAAAUAAAAAACUACAGAUCGCUGGAUAUAUUGUUUUUGUAUAACAAUAAGAUUGAAUCACUGGAUGGGGCUUUAGCUAUACCAAGGGCAGAAUUGUCACACCUUAUGUUAGAUGGAAAUGUUAUUCGUACGAUAACACCUGAGAAUUUCAUAGAAUUGGACCAUCUAGGAACUCUCUCCAUAAGCCAUAAUCAAAUCACCUCACUGAAUAAUUCCCUACAUCCAUUAAAAAGUUUAGAAGCUUUAAAUAUAUCGUACAACUUACUGUCAGAAUUCUCCUUCCAAGAAAUCACAGGCCUACAAAGACUAAAGGAGUUAGACUUGUCUUACAAUCAAAUCAGUCAAUUAACAGGGUCAGCUGCGAACUUGGUGGAGUCAAAUAUAAAGCUGAAGAAAUUAAAACUUCAUCACAAUUAUCUGGAAACAUUAAAUUCAGCACUGAGUGGUCUUUCAGAACUCUUAAGAUUGGACUUGAGUUAUAACAAACUCAGAAGAAUAUCGCCUGAUGAUUUCAUCAAUCUGGAUCAGCUUAGGUUGUUGGAUAUAUCGCAUAAUCAACUGACAACAUUGGAAGAAAUGAGUAAGACGUAUCUUCCAAGACUACGUGAACUGAAAGCCAGCCACAACUAUUUAACCAUCUUAGCGCACGAUUUCCAUGGACUUCCAGUACUAUGCAACGCCGAUCUUUCCAGCAAUCAAAUCACUGCUCUUGGAAGAGAGUUAGUGACUAAAACUCGAUGUAGGCUCGACCACAUACAUGAAGUUUAUGAUGUAAUCAAAAUCUAUUUACAAGAUAAUCCGAUCUUGUGUGAUGCUGCUCUGUCGGAAAUAACGUCCAUCAUGGAAAGCAACCACGCCAAAAUAUACGGGGUGUCGCAUUGUCCUCCCCUUAGCGAACAACCAGUAACAUCCAAACCAAACGCUUUCUUAGGAUAUGUUCCUGAGCCAAUCUCGCCAUCGCCUGUACCUUUACUACCAGUUUAUAAUCCACCAGAGUAUGAUUCGCAUAUUCUGCCUCCGAAUGGUGAUCUCGAAACGCCCAAUCAGAUACAACCGAAAAUGUACUCCAGUGAUCCUGUUGUCGAAAUGAGGAACACCAAUCCGUAUCACACAAUUGAUCGUUUAACCGAUGAUGAUUCCGCUGUUAUAAGACAGCCUAGACGGGACGAUCCUCCUGUCACUAUUAUACCUCAUAACUUAAUAGUAACAGACCCAACACCAAGCAGUACUACAGAAAAUACUUCCUCCACGACUUCCACCACACCAAAACCAAACGUAACUGAACAAACCUACGAUCCAGCAGUUCAAGAACAAGUCAUCAAUAAGUUGGUGUCAGAAAUUGAAGAGCUCAGAACGAAAAUCGAAAUGAUCAGUACCCAAAACGAAAUGCUACUGAAUAAAACAGUCCUAGCUACAAAGGUACCAUAAGAGAGUUAGAUUUAAUUUUAUUUACGGUAUUGUUUUGAUAUAGAUUUGUUUGGGUUAAAUCGAUUCCUUAACUAGUCAUGAUUAAUCUUAAACAAACUAAUAUCUUCAAAAGAAAUAGAUAUAAUCAGUAUCACACCAAAUUUUUGAGAAAAUAUAAAAUAAAUAUAUAAAAUAUAUAUAAAAUAAAAUUCUAAAUCAAAAUAGAGCCUUAUAUAUUUUUCAAAUACAUAUUAUAGUAACAAAAGAUGAAACAUAAUUAUCUUGAUGUAGUACAAGUGUGACUUUGUCCAAGAAUUUAGAUGUAUGUCAUUAGAUAUAUAUUAAUCUAUUUAUUAGUAAUUUUAGACACACAGAAUAAGUUCAUGAUUAAUGAUAACUAUAGCAUGCAAAGCGUAGUAUAGUAGUUUAUAAAUCUUAUUAUGAAAUUGUACAAAUAAAUUUAUAAUUUAAAGGAUAAAAACGUUUGUAAAGUAUGUUAUGGUUAUCAAAGAUAUGUGAUAAAAGUAAUCAUAAAUGGGAAGUUAAAACGAUGUAAUUAAAAAGAUGGUAAACCACAAUUGUUUAUAUAAAAGAUUACUAUAUUUAUAUCUUGAGAAGACUGCUGGUUAACCAUGUUUCGUUUAAGAUAUCCCUUUAGCAAAAUGUGCCAUUUUCUCUAUCAUUAUAUUCAAAACUAAAAUAAAAAUAUUUAUAGAUUUAAAUGACAAAAACAAAAUAAGAAUCUUUCCUGAUAAUAAACAAUAUCUCUUUAAAAAAUGUUCUUAUUUUGUUUUGUAUGUUUAUACAAAAGGUAGGAUGCUACUUAGUAGAUAUAGCUGUAAAUAAUUAAAUAUUAUAUUUUAGAUAUGUUUGUAGUAUU